GGUAUUUAAAAAAAAUACCACUGUUUUUGUUGCUUUUUGUUCUAACUACAUUGUAGGGUUGUUUUGAGGACUACAUAAGUUAAUGCACAGAAAGCACUCAGAACAAUGCCCAGCACUUUAUAAACAUUCCUUAAAGUGUAGCUAUUAGAAUGAUAAUUGUAAUGUUUAUCUUUCUGUUUUUCUACCGAUUUGGUUGCAUUCUAUUUAACCACUGAAAGAAUACUGUCUGUUUUUUUAGUUUCCAGUAUUAAGGAUCAGCCACUAAUGCAUAAUUUUAUUUUCUGCUUUUUAAAUUGGUAAUGCGGUCAUGGGAACAGAAAGUUGCUAUGGUCUCACCACAGUUUGCACAUUUGCCAGUUUUUAUGCAGGCCUGAGCAGUAGAAAAGUUAGGGGUGUAAGGAGGUAGAAUUGAUGAGGAAUGAAAACUCAUCUCUAAUUCUCUUAGUUGGGUGGGUCCAGAACAUGUUUUCACUUCGAUAGUAACAAAUACUUUAGUACAGGAAAGAAAGAAAAUACUUAAGACAUGGUCCCUCCCUCAAAGACUGUGUAAUCCAGUGAGAUGUGAAGAUGGGUGCUAAAAGUGUAGGUACCUGAUGAUGAAUUCAUCUCCUCAGCAUUGCCCAAUGGGCCAAAAGGGGCAUCGCCUAUGGUUAAAAAUGGCCACUAGAUGGCAGUCACUCCACGGUCACCAGACAGAAUGUGCAAAAAUUACUUGCAUCGGCGAUAAUGAUCUACCAAAAAAAAACAGAUCUAUUUCCAAGAAUGAUAAAGACAGCAGAUUCCUUUUCACCUUUGUAAAAUUCAUUCUACUGUUUGCAAGACCUAUCAUCUAAUAAAUUACCUUUAAUAAUGGAGAUGCAAGAAAAUAUCUAAUUCAAUUCCCCUGAAAAUUAACUUACACUAAUUUGGGAAGUGUUUACCUAGCUUUGAAUUUUAGAUGUGUCUUUAAAGCAAUUACUAAAUAAAGCAUUUUAAUAGCAUAAAAUGGUAUUAGAGACAGCUUAAUAGAGCCAUAGAAUAUGUAUCUUAUAAUACAUAUUAUAUUUAGAAUGUCAAAGGUAAACUGGGAAUAAAACUAUAUGACUUCAUCCUCAAUUUUACUGAGUUGAUGAAGUCUGCUUUUGGGUACCUACUACAUAAAAAACAUGUGCUACUUAAGGAACUUCGAAGGCAAACAUAGGUCUUAUUAAUAGAUUUCCUGUGGUUUUCAGAACAAAUUAGGCAAAUGCACAAAUCUAAACAAAUUACUUAGUGUCUAAUCAGCAAUUUCUAAAAGAUGUUUUUGAGUAGCCAUCAAUUAGAAGUCAGUUUGCCCUAUCAGACAGCAUGUAACCCUCACGUUUUAAAACAUCCAUAGUGAAUAAUGAGCAAAAACAAAAUGUAAGUGUACUACUAAUGUAGUCAAAGCGUGUACUUUGAUUGCUAAUAAAACACUUGAGUCUGGGAGUUCCAAAUGUAAAUCCUGGUUCUACCACUUUCCAAACAUCAGGUGCCUUCUGUUGCUUGUCUAACCUCAUUUUUCAAUUUGUGAAAUAAGGACAUUUUUAACAGUGCCUGUCUUAGAGUUACUGUAAAAAUUAAUGCCUGUAAGGAGCUUAGCACGGUGCCUGAUACGUGCUGUAUGUUAGGAAGUAUUGCUGAAAUGAUUUCAGGUUACCAAAAGAAGGAUUCCUGAGGAAUCUUUCCUAUUUCCAAGGUCACUGAUACAUUGACCAUGAUCCUUUCAGUGUCGUUUUUAUCUAGACAUACAAAUGCUUUGCCUGUAGGCUUGCAUCCUCUACUUGUUGCUCCUAUUAAAUAAGUUCUUCCUACAAGAUAAUGUAGUUUAUACUUGUGCUAAAUAACUGUGAUAUUGGUAGCCUUUGGUCUGUUCUUUGGUGCAUAGCUGGCUGUUUUUGAGCUUUCUCCAGAAUGCUAUAGAUCUUUACAGGGUACUAACCAGAAGAUAAUCACUCUUUUAGUCACGUACUCAGCAAAUUUUAAGAAAAAAAGAGUUACCUAAUUAAAGAACUUACCACGUAAACCUGCUGCCCUAGAAGUUUAUCAGCCACUUCCACAAGGUGGAGGGAUGAGUUCAUUAGGUUCUCAGGAAAAGCACUACCCCGAGGUGUAGGUUUUUUCAAGUCACAUUCAAUACUCUUGAGUGGCUAAGGCUCACCAUCUCCAUUGUUCUUCAUCUCUCUUCAGAACAUCUCCCUAGAGAGCAUCAGACCAUAUCUUAGUUUGACCUUGAUUUGCUGUAUGAAGGUCUCAACCAUCCUAUGCAACUGUAGAAGGCUGGGAAUGAGGUAAAGUUCAGAAUAACCAUGACUUACACAGUUGUGUAAUAACUGGGAGGCUGGGAAUAACUCCAAAAUCUACAACACUUGCAGUGAGUGACUAAUACUGUUAUAUUUUAAAUGUUUUCAUAUUAUAUUUUUAUAUUAUAUAUACAUAAUAUAUAUUAUAAAUAAUGACAUUAAAAUUAGCAUUUUUAUAACAUUUAGAAUCAGAUUAUUGUAGCUUAAUUCAUAAAUAAGAGUAUGCCUCAUAACAAAAUACUUUACUUGGAAUAUUUGUCACAAUAUUAACAUGCUUCCAUUAAAAAAAAGUAACCACUUGAAAUGACUGAAUCAAAAAAAAAAAUGCUUACUCUAACUGCUAUUGAUAGGGUGGGGGGCAGUACUUUUUCCUUGAGCUCAACAGUACUGAGGUACCUAGAGAGGAUGAGAAGAAUAUAUUAUAUUCUCUAACUUGGUUUUCCCCUAGUUUUCAUUUUGUGGAAAAAUAGGCCCCCUUUCUAUACAGUUUUCUGUUUCCUUUAAACAAAUUUUGAAAAAUAUUUCUUCUGUGUCAACAGGAUGCAUACUAAGUGCAGUACUCUGGUAGUUAUUGCAUGGGAAGUGAAAUGGAAAUUACAGUUUACAGUGUGAAAUGGAUGGGCAGCUUUUAUCUUAAUUGAAUGUUGUGUCAAUGCUACAGGAAUUUUGGGAAAGCAAGCAGCAGCAGAGAGCUCCAUUCCCAAGUGAAGGCGUGGUGGUCUAUGAGUCGUUGCCAUCUCCUGGACCUCCCUUUGUGAGUUAUGUGACCCUCCCAGGGGGAAGCUGUUUUGGCAACUUUCAGUGCUGCUUAAGUAGAGCUGAAGCCAGACGGGAUGCAGCUAAAGUGGCCCUAAUCAACUCCCUCUUCAAUGAGCUGCCCUCUAGAAGGAUCACUAAGGAAUUCAUUAUGGAGAGUGUGCAGGAAGCAGUUGCCUCCACCAAUGGCACUUUGGAUGAUGCAGAUGACCCCAGCACCAGCAUUGGAGCCUACCACUACAUGUUGGAGUCAAACAUGGGGAAGACCAUGCUGGAGUUUCAGGAACUGAUGACCAUUUUCCAACUAUUGCACUGGAAUGGAAACCUAAAAGCCCUACGUGAAACAAAGUGUUCCCGACAGGAAGUCAUCUCCUACUAUUCCCAGUAUUCCCUAGAUGAAAAGAUGCGCAGUCACAUGGCCCUGGACUGGAUCAUGAAGGAGAAGGAGUCACCAGGAAUCCUCUCUCAAGAGCUACGGAUGGCCCUGAGGGAGUUGGAGGAAGCCAGGAAAGCGGGACAAGAACUGCGGUUUUACAAAGAAAAGAAAGAAAUCCUGAGUUUAGCCCUGACUCAGAUCUACAGUGAUCCUGACACCUCCUCACCCAGUGAUGAUCAGCUGAGCCUAACGGCUCUCUGUGGCUACCACUAGCAAGGCCAGGUCCCGGCUCCCCCGAGGUUAGCAGAGGCCAGACUCUAUAGGAAGCUCAGUGAAGGAGGUCAUCAGAGGCUUUAGCACCUACAGCUACUACCUGAAGGCUGUACUAAUUUUUCCCAUCCAUUCCAUUCACAGAAUCUGAGAGUAGUAGGACCUUUAUAGGACCCAACAUUCCACUCGAUGCAGUUUUCCCAUCAUGCUUUCAGGAGUUCCACCUCUUACUGAAAGGAUGGAGACAAGAUUGUUGGAAAAAUAUUUUCCAGGUUUGGCUUCAACUUAAAGCCCUGUUGACAUGUGCCUUGCUAGAUUAUAUGUGUUGUUUUAAACAAUGGGCCAGUGUAGCACUCCCCCAAAAGAACAUCAUCCAAGACUGGUGAAAGCAUGAUAGCAUUUUUUAAAAAUACUUGGGGUUAAAUAAAUGAUAUAAAAAAAUACCAUGGGUCAGAGUUUCUUCCUAAGCUUUAUAAGCUAAGAGGUACUUCUACUCUACUAGGUGUAAUCCAAAAUUGCAGUGGGGAUUUUAUCUGGACAUCCUACUAUCAAAGUGAUAAUAGUAAGAAAAUAACUUGAUAAAAUUAAUUUGCCUUAAAAUGCCAGUAAUAAUCAUUUUCUAAAAUCUACACUCUUCCAUAUGGGGAUGUCACCUAGAGUAGUACCUUCACUUGUAUUCCUCAAGAAGAAUUAAUAUCUAAUUUUUAUGGGUCCUGGAGUCAGUCAUGUUCAUUUAUAAUUUUCAAAUAGAUUACUUGAAUUGAUUUGUUUUUAUUUUUGCCACCACAGUCAUAUAUCUCAUAAUGGAGAUAAUUACUGGCAUUCUAAAAGUUAAAGCAUUUUGAAAAAUCAUUAGCUUUUAACAGUGCUUGUGUUUGAUUAGUUUCUCAUGCAUUAGAGAGGAGUCUUUAGCUGUCUUUUUGUUGUUCAAGAAUAUGAGCCAUGAGUGUAGCUCAAAUGUAGUGUCAUUUUUAGGUUUUAAUUAGGCACCUCUCUUUGAAAAUGGCUUGACUAGAAAACCAAAGCAAAUACAGACCAAUUUUUCAAUAGUUUCUGGUCACUCAAGUUUAAGAAUGGCAGUGGUAUCAAUUUUAAACAUUUGUACGAAUUUCCAUAUUUAUAACAUGAAAAGGAUUAUCUUGCAGUUAGUCCAAAAUUUCAAAAUAAAGAACACAGUUUUUUCAAUGUUAAACAAGGUUUCUUUUCCUUCAUGUUUAAGCAAAUGCAAACUAAGUUUCCUGAAGGCUAAAACCACUAUAUUUACAUUAAAAUUCACAGAACCAUGAUAGUUUAACUUCAUAUCUAAAUAUGUACAGAUGUAAUUGUCACUCCUUAAGUGUCUGUGAAAACUACGUAUAUUGAUCAUGUAUUUUGGAAGUAGCCUUGAUAAUAAAAAAUUAAUUUCAUAUAUUUCUCACACCAGGGGAGAAUUUAGCUUCAUAUCUGCCCUACUCUAAUGUGGGAAGGUAAUACUAUUUAAUAUUAGAUAAAUUUAAUUUUAAAAUAUUAUUUUAACAAAUGUCAUAUUCCUACCCAUAAUGAGGCUAAAUGUCACCUAGAAUAAAACUGUA